AUGAAGCUCUCCUUCAGUAGGCUACCUCUGGCCUUCCUCGCCGGCUGGGUUGUAUUAUCCUCUGCGGAAUCCAGGAACUCGACCUACUACAAUCCAAUCCUUCCCGGAUGGCACUCCGACCCAUCGUGCACUCAGGUCAAUGGCACCUUCUUCUGUGUGACGUCGACCUUCAUUGCCUUCCCAGGACUCCCUAUAUAUGCCUCAAAGGACCUGAUCAACUGGAAGCACGUCAGCCACGCAUGGAACCGCGAGAGCCAACUCCCAGGCCUCAGCUCGAACACAACUGGCCAGCAAGAGGGCAUGUUCGCGGCAGCCAUACGCUACCGCGAUGGGCAGUUCUACGUGAUCUGCGAGUAUCUAGGCAUGCCAGACGGGAUCGUCGGCGUGCUAUUCAAGUCGACAGACCCGUUCAACGAUGCGGCCUGGAGUAACCCAGUCAUCUUCCACCCUGACCCCAUCGACCCAGACCUCUUCUGGGAUGAUGACGGCAAGGUAUACGCCGCGACGCAGGGCGUCAUCCUCCAGGAGCUCGACCUCGACACUGGCAAACUGGGCGAAGCUGUCAGUCUCUGGAACGGCACGGGGGGUGUCUGGCCUGAGGGCCCGCACAUUUACAAGAAAGACGGAUGGUAUUACCUGAUGAUCGCCGAAGGUGGGACCGCGCUAGACCAUUCCAUUACCAUCGCUCGAGCUCGGAGCGUCACAGGCCCUUACGAGGCGUACUCCAAUAACCCGAUCCUGACGAACCGCGGCACCGACGAGUAUUUCCAGACCGUCGGGCACGGCGACCUGUUCCAGGACACCGAAGGGAACUGGUGGGGGGUGGGUCUCGCAACCCGCUCAGGGCCGAAAUUUGACAUUUAUCCCAUGGGCCGCGAGACCGUCCUCUUCCCGGUCACAUGGGAUGAGGGCGAAUGGCCCGUUCUGCAGCCGGUCCGAGGUCGAAUGAGUGGAUGGCCUUUGCCACCAGCCAGCCGCGAUGUCCCCGGGACUGGCCCCUUCAACUCCGACCCCGACGUCUAUGACUUUGAGGAAGGGACUGCCCUCCCAAGGAAUCUGAUACACUGGCGUGUGCCACGCGAGGGCACCUUCUCCGUCACAUCCAAGGGCCUCCAGAUUGUGCCGAGCCGGAACAACCUGACAGGCACCCCGCAGUCCGAGGUAACGCCCGAGCUCAGCGGCCAGCAAGGCCUCGCAUUCGUCGGCCGCCGCCAGACCGACACCCUCUUCACCUUCAGCGUCGACCUGUCCUUCAGCCCCCAGUCGGCCGGCCAGGAGGCAGGCAUCACCAUCUUCCUCACCCAGCUCAACCACAUCGACCUCGGCGUGGUGCUCCUCCCUGCCAACAACAACUCGUCCUGCUCUUCCAAAUCGAAUAAGCACCGCCGGUCUACUCGGCAGUUGUCCUUCCGCUUCCGCGCCGUCGGCACCGGCACUCCUCCGGCGCCCCGGAUCGUCGCCGUGCCAGAGGGCUGGGCCGACGGCCCCAUCCGGCUGCAGAUCCGGACGGCGAACGCGACGCACUACAACCUCGCCGCCAUGCCGGCCGCCGACCCGAACUCCGCCAUGCUAAUCGGGACCGCGUCAGCGGGGCUCGUGAGCGGGGGGGAAGGGUCCUUUGUGGGCAGUCUGGUUGGGGCGUAUGCGACGUGCAAUGGACUGGGGGCCGGGCUGGAGUGUCCCGAGGGCGGGAACGCGCAUUUCAAUCGCUGGAGAUAUACCGGGGCGGCGCAGUACAUCUCGGAGAGUGAGAGCGUGCCUGAGGUGCUGCAAUAUGUAGAUGCCUAAGGCUUCUGAACUUGGAAUCCGCAGCCCGGCAUGUAAUUAUCAUAUUGUAGCAGGCUUCAAUGCUAACCUUGAUGUUGGGCAAUCCUGUAAAGGGUCGGUCCUGAGGAGGCAGCUGGUCUGUAGAUGUAUGUAUCUAGAUGCAUUGCAAGACGUUCUGAUGCGUCAGGCAUAUCGUCGACAAACAGCGUCGAUGACGACUUGUAAUUAUCG